UAUAAAUAGUAGCGUGUAAAGCCAGCUGGGGAGAUUAAGACUACCAAGAAGUGACAUUUAUUGGACCUGUAAUUGUCAUCGACCCAGUUAAAAGCAGAAACGUCGGAUUUAGCUGCGGUUUGCACACUUGCCUCUUUCAGCAGAGUUUUAAAGCUCAUUAAGAUGCCGCUAAAUGAUGAACGACCCUCCGUUUCUGUUAGUGAUGACCAGGGCAGUGACACGGAAUCCUCAGAAAGAUGUGAUAGCAUGGCUUCCUCAAAUGAUUUUGAGAGUUCACGACAGAGUUUCACUAGUGAUUCCUCAAGCAAAGUUGGCUCACCAGCCUCAAGCCCUCCCAAAGUGGUUGCAUUUGAUGAAAUUAUGGCAUGUUCCAAAAACCUGUGUAACUUGCGUCUUGCUCAUGAAAUUGUUGUUAAUGGUGAUUUCCAAGUGGAACAACCUGAACUACCUCAAAACAGUUUAGAGAGAAAAGUUAAGGAAAUUGUGCAUAAAGCUUUCUGGGAUAAGUUGGAAAAAGACCUAAUGGAAGAUCCACCAGAAUAUGAACAUGCCAUUCGUCUUGUUGAAGAAAUUAAAGAGAUUUUAUUGUCAUUUCUGAAUCCUGGUGCCAACAGGAUUCGCAGUCAAAUCUGUGAAGUUCUGGAUAUAGAUCUCUUGCGCCAGCAAGCUGCUAAUGAUGCUGUGGAUAUUUGUGGAAUUGCAAACUACAUCAUAACAGUUAUGGAAAAGCUCUGUGCACCAAUACGAGACAGUGAUGUCAAAAAGCUAAGAGAGAUCUCCGACAUUGUUUUAUUGUUCAAAGAGAUUUUCCACGUAUUGGAAUUGAUGAAAACUGAUAUGGUAAACUUUACCAUCUGGAGUGUUCGGCCCCACCUUCAACAGCAUUCAAUCGAAUUUGAGAGAGAAACAUUUCAGGCUAUCUUGGACAAAACUCCUAGUGCUCUCGACCAUGCAACUGAAUGGAUAAAGGAGUCCAUUGAUGAGCUAAUGGUAUCAAAACCCUGUGUUAGCCAAUGUGGAUCACUUGUUGAAAACAGUAAAACUAGUCUUCCUAGUCCAAUUGCAGUCCUAAAUAGAGGUUAUGUGAAACUUUUGGACUGGGACCAUGGCAAGAAAGCAAUUCCUGAGACAUUAAUGGCUGAUGAGGCUCGACUUAAGGACCUGCAAUAUAGAUUGGACCUGCUGAAGACUAUGGCAGCUAUACUGUUAAUUAUCUACAAUGUUGGAGGAGGACCAAUUUCAGGUAUCCCUAAACUAGCAGACCGGCUGAAAAGGGUCAUAAGGAUUCUUCUGGAAGGCAUGAACAGCCAAACAUUUAACUUGAAGGAUGCACUUGAAAACAUAAGUGCUCAGGUGUGCUCUGAACUCAACAAGUCGCUGACUGAACGAGGCUAUUCUGCACUUUCCUCGGAAGUUCAAGCUAGUCUUGCAGGGCAGAUUGGUACCAUCAGAAAUGAUGACAAUCCAGUUUUCAAUUUGAUUGAUGACAGAGUCCACGCUUACUUGACAAAUUUCCUCUCUUACCCUCUUGACUCCCGAAAUCGACUUGACGUUCCUGGAGGACUCUUGCUUAUCCAGGCAGAGCUUGAGACGUUAGGGGCCCAGUUUCUUGGCAUUGUGAACUUUAACAAACAGGUUUACAGUCCUUUUUAUGUCAAAAUUCUACGGAAGUUGCUUUUUCUUGAGUCACCCGAGGAAACUGCAAACCCUGCGCCAACUACUGUAAAAUCUGAAUGACCUAAAAACCAGUUAGCCUGCUUGAAUAAUUAAUGUUGUGCCAUUUCCUUGCAUGAAAAUGUACAUUAAUGACAUGUUUUGCUGUUUUUUAGCAACCUUAUGAAUAGGCCACAGUACCUUUUGCCUUCAUCUUGUUUACUGGGUGUGUUUUUUGUGUUUGGAGUGAAAAAUGCACGUUUCAAAAUUUAAUUCCAACCUAAAAGUAGCUGCAUUUUGAAGUGACUUCAACUUGUAACAAGUCAAAUGUCCAUUUUUAAGCUUGCUUUGGUUUUAAUUGCAUUUUAUUUGUAUAUAAAAAUGUAACAUUUAGAAGUUACUGUAAAUACUUGAAGGAGUUUUCUUGUAAAUGCACAAUAUUUUUAAUUGUGCAUAGCUGGGCAAUUGCAGUACAUUAAUAAUAAUAAUAAUAAUAAAAAUAAUACAUAGCACCUUUCCCAUGCUCAUGGUGCUUAAGUAACUUUCUUAGCCUUCACACAGGGAAAUAUUGUAGGGUCUCACUGUUUAAAUUAGGAUUUUGAAGUCUUUCAGUCUACCACAGCAGUACCUGGCUUUGUCACAGUCCAAAACUGUGGAGCUCAUUUUUAUAGCUCCCGUUUUUAUAUAUGUCAGAUCUGAUGCUCACAUUUGGGGGG